CCGCCGCACUACGCUGCCACCGCUGCGCUGCGUGGUAGCUUCUGCCUCACCUGACCUCCCCAGCGAGCACGCCCACCAACUAGCCUCUCUCUGUGCCGCCGCCGCCCCCCGAUCCGAGAGCGAGCAUGGCGCACUCCCUCGCCACCGCCACCGCCGCCGCCGCAUCCUUCUCGCCGGCCGCCGCACGGCGCCAGGUGACGAAUGUUUUUUCAAGCCGGACUUCAGUUUCCUUCCAGAGCCACAGGAUGACUUCUGUGUCCAUCCGUUCAAGACCAAGUUCUCUUCGGUUUAAGAUUUGCUGUUCGGCUAAAAAAGAGACAGUCGACAAGGUUUGUAGUAUAGUGAAGGAGCAGCUGGCUCUCCCCGAUGGGACUGCUAUCACUGGCGAAUCAAAAUUCGCUGAACUUGGUGCUGAUUCACUUGAUACGGUUGAGAUUGUGAUGGGCCUCGAGGAGGCAUUCAACAUCACUGUCGACGAAACGAGCGCACAGGACAUCGCAACUGUGCAGGAUGCGGCGGACCUCAUUGAGAAACUUGUGCUCGAGAAGGCUGCAUAAGCACCUUAAGUGGACUAUCCAAAACCAAGGAUCAUCUGGAGCCUUCGACCCUGCGAUCGAUGACUUUGCAUUCGAUCUCUGUUGUAUGUUCAAUUGUUCAAGUUAGCCAUCUGUUUUUUCUUGAUCAUUCAAGAUGAGAUUUUUUAUUGAAUUAUUGAUGUUGCUGAGGCAAAUUAGAUGCUCCAAAGGCUACAUGAAGCAAAUGAAAUCGAUGUAUUCCACUUUCCAUUUGUAUGUUGUUCUAUUAUUAUAGAGAAACCAAUAAACUGGCGAAGAGUCACUGCAACUGUCUUCUA